CAGCCACCUGCAGCCAUGUCCUCCAGGGCCAGCAUGUAUGCCCUGCAGCGCUUGUUGGAGCAGCUCAAGCUGGAGGCCAGUGUGGAAAGGAUCAAGGUCUCUCAGGCAGUUGCCGAGCUUCAGCAGUACUGCAUGCAGAAUGCCUGCAAGGUUGCCCUGCUGGUCAGUGUUCCAGCAGGCAGCAACCCUUUCCUGGAGCCCAGAUCCUGUGCUUUACUCUGAAGACUGGAAAGAAGUUCACUAAGGAAGCCUUCAGGCACAAAGUGAUGAAUGGCUGCCUCCAAGUCUCACG